UUUACUAUGAUGUGUUAAACAUGAUUCAAAAUAUUGAUUGGGUUUUAGCUAAACAAAACAAAAAAGUAAAUAAUAUAUUGUUAACAGUGUUGCUAUGGGAUGUUAUUGAUCAGUUUUAAGUUUUACGUUCCCAAGUUUUAUGAAUUUAAAUCGUAAGUUUUUUAGUUGUUUCGAACGCACAUUUGAAUUUUAAAAUUCUAACAUAGUAAUGACCACUGCAGCUCUUUCACCUUCAGAAGAGGCUACACUUUCAAAUCGUGGCCAUCGUAUAGUGAAGAAACUUGGUGAGGGUUCUUAUGCCCAGGUGUACCUGCUUGACCAUGAAAGAAGCGACGGCUCGAACCAGAGGAUUCAACUGGCCUGUAAACUAGUGGACGCCAGUAAGGCCCCCAAGGACUUCGUGCGCAAGUUCCUGCCUCGCGAACUUGAUAUUCUGGUUCGUCUGAAUCACCCGCACAUCAUACAUGUUCACAGCAUUUUCCAGAAACGGCAUAAAUAUUUUAUAGUAAUGAGGUUUGCUGAGAAUGGAGACCUUCUUGAGUACGUGCUGAGUCAUGGUGAAGUGAGCGAGGAACGUAGUCGAUUCUGGAUCCGGCAAAUGGCGUUGGCAGUCCAAUAUCUGCAUGAAAUGGGUAUCGCGCACAGGGACCUCAAGUGUGAGAACAUACUCAUCACCGAAUUGCUCAAUGUCAAAUUGGCCGACUUCGGAUUUGCUCGAUUUGUCAUCGACGAGACAGGUUCUCCAAUCCUAAGUGCUACCUACUGCGGCUCAUUGACUUAUGCUGCUCCAGAGGUGUUGAGAGGCCUCCCCUAUGACCCCAAGAUAUCGGACAUGUGGUCGCUGGGAGUCAUCCUAUAUGUUAUGCUCAACAAGUCGAUGCCUUACGACGAUGCCAAUGUCAAAAAGAUGUACGAACGCCAGAUGAACAAACGGGUCAAAUUCAGGACAAAGGUAGUGGACAAACUGUCCACACAGGUCAAGUCGACGACUUUCGCGAUGCUGGAGCCGAUGACGACCAAGCGCAUGACAGUGGAUCAGCUGAUCGGUGGCGAGUGGGUGGCCAUGGACUCCAAGCUGCGCGCCAUGAAUGCGCAGGAGCGCAGCGCACUCGAACAGGCGCGCGCCACAUUCGCGGCAAUGCAGGAGAAGGCAGCUGCCGCCCGAUAUGUCGCUCAGAUGCAGUCGACACUGUCAACCCCUCCACCGCCUGUGGAGCGACAGACGAGCGCACGCACCCAGAACGCAGUCAUUCAGGAGGCGAUCAACGCCGACCAGGCCGGUCUCUCUAACCUCAACGUCAUCUUGCCGACUCAGCAGCCAAUGGCAGACAGCUCCCGCAUCAACACCACGCAAGACGCAGACCGGCCCAGCAACAAUGCGUCUGCAGUUCUGUGAAUGGACAAGUUUCGGGAAUGCAUUCUAAAUUGUAGAGUGGACAAGUUAGAAGUUUUAUGAAUUCAUACUAAAUUGUUGAGUGGACAAGUUAUAGAAGUUUCAUAUGAAUUCAUACUAAAUUGUUGAGUGGACAAGUUAUUGCAGUUUUAAAACGGAGUGGGCGGACAAGUUUAAAGUCUUCAUUUAAAAUUGAGGAGUGGACAAGUUGAAAGCUUCCAUGAAUGCAUUUAUGAAUAUUGUGGAGCAGAUAAAUCAUUGAAGUUUUAAAUGGAGUGGACACAAGUUGAAAGUUAUUUAUGAAUUCACACGAAAAUUUUUAGUAUACAAGGUAUAGAAGUUU